AUGGCAAAUCAACUUUUGUCAAAGAACGCCAAUUGCAAUGCAAUAGAUGACUCGGGGAAGUCUAUCCUUGUGCGGAUGAUUGAGAAAGGCAGGUUUUCAGGAGAUGUGCUUGCCUGCGAAUUCCUUGCAUCGGCAGGGGCCGAUUUAGCAUUUGUUCAUGAGAAAACGAGGUCAACAAUACUUCACUUCAUUGCUAGUUCUACAUUGAAUCAAGCUGCUAUGACAGAGUGGGCUGAGACGCGGCUUAAAGAAAUGUGUUUAGACGUAGUUGAUAACAAAAACAGGACACCUGUGCUUCUAAGUAUUGCAAGCGGCAAUCUUUCUCUUGCUAAAUCUCUGAUUGCUAAUGGAGCCGAUUUGGUGAAAGCCGAUGUUGAGGGAAGAUCUCCUCUUUCUGUCGCUCUCUUUAAUCGAAACGAUCUUGCCCUCAGUGCAGCUAUUGUUAAAUCUGGAGGCGAUACUGUUGUAAAUCAUCGUAUCGAUAAAGAAUCUUUGCUCCAUAUUGCCGUGAAAAGGGACGACUUCAAAAUUGCCAAAUUUCUUCUGGAAAAUCAUGCUGCUGUGGAUGUAGAAGACAAACAUGGUGCUACUCCUCUUGAAGUUGCUGUUCGUCAAAAUAAUGUAGGAAUGGUGAAUCUAUUACUGGAACAUUCUGCUUCUGUAAACAUUCCACAGAACGGGAAAUAUUCCGUGCUACACACCGCUGUUUUGAAAGGAGCACAAAUGGUCAAGGUUUUUGCCGAGAAGGCAAAACAGAUAGAUUGGACAGCAUUCAAGCUUCUGGAGUUUGCUCUUGAUGAGAAAGCAUUGGAUUGCGCAAAAAUAAUAGCAGCAGCCGGCGCUGUAGUUGAUGACAAGAAUUCGGAAGGUAACACAUUGCUGAUACAGCGCAUUCUUCUUUCCGACGACGCUGGCGCAACUUUUCUUAUCGAACAAGGAGCAAACCAUCUAGCAAGAGAUUCAAAUGGGCGGAGUUGUUUCGAGUUGGCGGCGACCUAUGGCCUCAUCAAUACUCUCCGAGUUAUAUGUGGUUUAGGAGUUAACAUCAAUGAAAGAACAGAUGGUGGACUUGGUUACACAGUACUUAAAAAUGUGCUCAGUAAAGGUCACUACGAUUGUGCUUCAAUGCUGGUCUCGCUAGGUUGCGAUUUAGAAAGCCUCACAGCUGACAACUCCUUUAUACAGUCUAUGCUCCAUCAUUUCAUUGAUGUAUGCGAUGAGGAAGCGGCGGUCUUCCUUGUGCAGAAGUACUUCUUUUCCGUCUUGAUUCUCGGUUGUAAUGGCAAUGCUACAAGAGUUUCGCGUGAUCCUGAUGAGGUCAGGGAAGAAUUUGCCCUUCACAGAGCUGUUUUAUCAAGAAUGAAUAAACUCGUUGCUGCUUUAGUAACUUCAAAAGUCACUCUUACCAGUCAGGAUCUCCAAGGUCGCAGUGCUUGUCAUGUAGCAGUCCAGGAGAAGAAUGCUGAAGCUUUGUCAGAAUUUCUGAAAGCCGCAGAUCUCAGCUUUCUAUCCAUUCGUGACAAAGUAGGGCAGACCCCAUUUUCCUUGGCUGUUGUUGCUAAGCAGUACUCGCUUGCAGCAGCAAUUGUGCAAAGGCAGCCUCAUGUGGCUUUGCAAACAAAUGGGAACGGUAGGUGUUUUGUGAUAGAGAAUGUUGUCGAAACUGUUCAUAUCCAUCGCGUUAUCUGGCAGCUUUCUGCACUGCUCGAGCUCACACUGAAAAAAUUGCUUCACCUAUAA